CAGUUCUCACUACCCACACCCUGUUCUUGGCCUCACGAGACAUUCCAGUGAGAGAGAGAGAGAGAGAGAGAGAGAGAGAAGGAGAGAGAGAACGGGGGCUUCAUCUUGGAUGGGGAAUCACAGGUUUAGGUUAUCAGAUAUGAUACCAAAUGCCUGGUUUUACAAGCUCAAGGACAUGGGCAGAAGCAGGAGCCAUAACAACUCUUACCCCGUUAAGAAAAACCAUACAACUACAGCGACAACAAUACCACAAUCAAGCCAACCAAAGCAGCAUCAGCAUCAGCAUCAGCCAUCUCACAUCUCUCACGCAAGACGCUCUUACUACUACACCACCGAAGACAGACUCUACAACUCCCUUAGAAACCCAAAAACAGAAACCUUGGACACCCAUUUCCCUGACCCACCAAGAAAAUCAUCCAGGAGAAGAGCCAAUGAUAAAAGAACCAUCACGUCCUCUUCCAAGCUCGUCACUUCCUCCAUUUCCACCGGUUGCAGUUGUCGUGCUACGCUCGACUCCGUAUUGACCAAGUCUGAUUUCACCCCAGACCACUCGCAUUCCUCUCCACUCGACAGCUCUCCCGAGUCUGACUUUUGCGACUCUCUCCCUCAUGAAAUCUGCGGAGCCGUCUCUGCUAACCACGUCCUUCCUUGUGAUCCAUACGACGGGCUGGCCUCAUGCUCUAGUUCUUGCAGCUGUAGACUCAGUUCUUCCGCCACCGACAUCAUCAUCGAUGUGGAUGACAAGUCUUUUACCAGGAAAUUCGACAAGCUUGACGCCCUUGAUUCGUUUUCGCAGCAGCUUGAACUGCGCCCCAUUUUGACAAAACCUGCCAGACUUAACGAUAUGAUCCCGGACAUCAGGAACAAAGAGACCACUGAACCCGCAAAUUUAAGAAGAUGUUCCACUGAUUUCCGUGAUACAAAAGCGCAUGGUUCUCUCUCCGUCAAGGUGGCCAAGCGAGAAAGCGUCAAGAAGACUCUCAAAGAACAGAGGACCGCCCCUCCCCGACGAUCCUUGCAGGCUUCUCCAGGAUUGAAGCUCCGAACAAAUUCUCCCAGAAUUGCUAGCAGGAAGAUUCAGGCCUAUGGUCGAAAGUCCGUGUCUUCUACCUCGACCUCGAGACCGCGGAGGAAGGGCCUCUCGGAGAGUUUUGCAGUCGUCAAAUCCUCGUUCGACCCGCAAAGGGACUUCAGGGAUUCAAUGGUGGAGAUGAUUGUGGAGAACAAUAUCCGCGCAUCAAAGGACAUGGAAGACCUUCUCGCCUGCUACCUUUCAUUGAAUUCUAACGAGUACCAUGAUCUCAUUGUCAAAGUGUUUAAGCAAAUUUGGAUUGAUCUCACCGACAUUCCGUUGUAAAAAAUUCGUCCAACCUUAGAAAUGCUUUAUAAUUCCUGUAUAUCAAUCAAUAGGUUUUUUUUUUCAUCUUAA